AUGUGUAGUAUAAAUCCUGGUGAGAAAUUCGAGUAUUUUACUCCUUACGAGAGAUCGAUGAUAGAAUUUAUUUAUUCUUAUGAUCCAUACAUUCUCGGUUUGCAUCCAGAACGAAAGUUAACAAGAUUAACAUAUGCAAGAUUUUUAAAACGCAAUGCUAGUGAAGAAAUAAUUAAAAGAGUGGAUGUUAGAAAAAAGAAUGAAUAUUUCUUAUAUGUACAUGUUGGCCACAAUUACAACGAACUCUGUUUUUCGUAUGUCACAGAAACAUUAUGGAGAGCGAAACAGUUUCAGUUCAGAGCUGCAUCAAAAGAUGAUUUUGGAAAAUUCGACAUAUUCAAAGAGAAAAUGAAUAUAUACAUUCAAGAACGGGAAGGAAUUUUACCCGAUGAAGAACUCGAAGAAAUAAGAGAAUUUGUUGAUAAAGCUGACCCAGAAGAGUUCAAGAUAUUUGAUCCUAAAGAACAAAAAAUGGUUCCUUAUGACGAAAAAGUUCUUCGAAGAUUAUUAAUCCAUAUCAGAGACAAAUGUUUUAUACCACAUUUUGGAACACAACAGAUAGGAGUAUUUUGCGACAGAUUUAAUGGAAGUCAUUCGUGGUACUGUCGCAUUUUAUGUGGAAUUGAAUAA